AUGCCACCAAAUCCUUCGCCCAGAAAUCCUCAUCAUCCUGCUCGUGCAACCACAUCAUCCUCAACCUCGCCUACCAAUCACGCAGAUCCAUCUCCAAACCCCACUCCCAUCACCACCUCUUCCCCUUCAAACUCAUAUUCCUCUCCUCCUCCACAACCACCAACCCCCCACCCCACCCACCUCGAAUCCCAUCUCAUCCACCUAACAACCGACCUCGUAACCGCCUGCAACAACCGCUUCUGGAACCCCUCUUCCUACCCGUGGAACACUCUCGACCAAAAAAAUUUCUCUCUCGGAAAAACCUAUUCCACAUUAUCCUCUGACCUCAACUUCUCCGAAUUCUUACAAAACUUCCAAAAACUUUACGCGAGUUUGCCGGAGUAUUUUAUUCGAAUCAGGGAAAUUCAUGCGAGCGUGAAUGAGAAAACGGGAAAGGCGGUUGUGUUUUUGAAUAUGGAAAAUGUGAAUUUUAGUCCGGGAGGGGUGUUGAGGUAUAGUGUGGGCAAGGUGGAGUUUGAGGGGAGGGGCGAGGGGAGGUGGGUUUGUGUGAGGUAUUCGAGUUUGCCGAUUGGGGAGGGGGUGGAGGGGGGGUGA